UGGUAGGGAAGUAAGUUUAAGUCAACGUCGACGCAGCAAAAGAAAACACUUUCCUCUCAGCUAUAAACCGCAUCCGGCAUUCGAUCGUCUUCGUCCCAGACUCCUGGUCGAGAGAAGAGAUUGAGAGAGAGAGAGAUGCGUGAGGAAUGGGCAAGCCUGGGCUCCGCCCUCGCCAGCUUCAUGUUCCUCUGGGCGGUCAUCCGCCAAUUCUUCCCCGUCGGCCCGGAAACCGUCCUCAUCAAAUACAUCCACAAGCUCACAUCCUUCAUUUACCCCUACGUCCGGAUCCAAAUCCCAGAGUACACCGGCCAGGGCAUGAAGCGCAGCGAGGCCUUCACCGCCAUCGAGGCCUAUCUCAGCGACUCUUGCUCGCAGCGCGCCAACAAGCUCAAGGCCGAUCUCGGCAAGGACAGCAGCAAACUCAUCCUCAGCAUGGACGACCAUGAGGAGGUCACCGACGAAUUCGGCGGCGCCAAGUUCUGGUGGUCGUCGUCUUCCAGGUCCACACGUCAGCCCCAGGUCCUCUCCUGGUACCCCGCACCAGAUGAGAAGAGGUCCUACAAGCUCGUCUUCCACAAAAGGAAACGGCAGCUCGUUCUCGAUUCCUAUCUCAGCCAUGUGCUAAAAGAGGGGCGCGAGGUCGCCGUCCGGAACCGGCGGCGGAAGCUGUACUGCAACAACCCCGGCGGAAGUGGGUAUGGCUACAGGAGCGGGGUGUGGAGCCACGUGUUGUUCGAGCACCCGUCCACCUUCGACACCCUCGCCAUGGACCCCGGGAAGAAGCUGGAGAUCAAGAAGGAUCUCGACGCGUUCCGCAAGGGGAAGGACUACUACGCCAAGAUCGGCAAGGCCUGGAAGAGGGGAUACCUCCUCUACGGCCCGCCCGGCACCGGCAAGUCCUCGAUGAUUGGUGCGAUGGCUAAUUUCCUGGAUUACGACGUCUACGACUUGGAGCUGACGACCGUCAAGAACAACGUCGAGCUGCGGAAGCUCUUCAUCGAGACGACGGGCAAAUCCAUCAUAGUCAUCGAGGACAUCGACUGCUCGCUGGACCUCACUGGUAAGAGGAAGCAGAAAGGCAAGAAAGAGGAAGGCGCAAGCGAGGAGAAGAAGAAUCUGCCACCAGGCCAAGAAGAGAAGGAUGAGAGCAGCAAGGUGACUCUAUCCGGGCUUCUCAACUUCAUCGACGGCAUCUGGUCCGCCUGCGGCGGAGAGAGGCUGAUAGUGUUUACGACCAACCACAUAGAGAAGCUGGAUCCGGCGCUGAUCAGGAGGGGGCGGAUGGACAAGCACAUCGAGAUGUCCUACUGCGGCUUCGAGGCAUUCAAGGUGCUGGCCAGGAACUAUUUGGACGUCGACUCGCACCCUCUGUUCGACACCAUCCGGGACCUGAUGGAGGAGGUGAAGAUUACCCCCGCGGAUGUGGCGGAGAAGCUGAUGCGGAAGUCUGGGGACGAGGACGCAGGGUCGUGUCUUGAGAAUUUGAUCCAGGCGAUGAACAAAGUCAGGGAGGAGGAAGCGUCCAAACAAGCUCACGCCAGUACAGAGGAAAUUGUGAAGGGCGAGGAGGAGAAAAGUGGAGCUGAGGAGGAGGAAGCAUCAAAACAGGCUGUGCGCAGUGGAGAGGAGAUGGACGGGGAGGAGAAGCGUGGAAGUAGAGCCGAUGGAGUUCUGUAGGAACCUUUUGUAGAAAAGUCUGUUGGUUCUCGAAGUAAUUAUCUGCUGGUCUUUCGGCUCCGGGAUGUAAUUGGCUGGUUCUAGUUUCUGGCCCGAAGACAUUCUGUUCAUCGCUUCGAUUCUAGCAAUAAAAAAUAAAAAUAAAUAAAAAUGUUUUAUUUUCUA